AAAUCAGGGGAGCUGGUUGCUGUGAAGGUGUUUAACAAUGCCAGCUACCUGCGGCCCCAGGAGGUGCAGAUGAGAGAGUUUGAGAUGCUGAGGAAGCUGAACCACAAAAACAUUGUCAAAUUAUUUGCUGUGGAGGAGACGGGCAGCAGCAAGCAGAAGGUGCUGGUGAUGGAGUACUGCUCGAGUGGCAGGCAGCUGAACGAGCUGGAGGACCCCGCAAACACCUUCGGCUUGGCCGAGGCCGAGUUCCUCAUCGUGCUGCAGUGUGUGGUGGCAGGGAUGAACCACCUCCGGGAGAACAGCGUCGUGCACAGGGACAUCAAACCCGGGAACAUCAUGCGGCUCAUGGGCGAGGACGGGCAGAGCAUCUACAAACUGACGGAUUUCGGGGCCUCCCGAGAGCUGGAUGAUGAUGAAAAGUUUGUGUCUGUCUACGGGACAGAGGAAUAUCUGCACCCCGACAUGUACAAGCGCGCGGUCCUGCGCAAGCCGCAGCAGAAGGCGUACGGUGUCACCGUCGACCUCUGGAGCAUCGGCGUCACCUUCUACCACGCUGCCACCGGCAGCCUCCCCUUCGUCCCCUUCGGGGGACCUCGCAAGAACAAGGAGAUCAUGUAUAAAAUCACCACCGAGAAGCCUCCCGGAGCUAUCGCAGGGGUGCAGAGGCAGGAGAACGGGAGCAUCGAGUGGAGCUACGAGCUGCCUGUCACCUGCCGGCUCUCCACGGGGCUGAAGGACCAGCUGAUUCCCAUUUUGGCGAAUAUCCUGGAGGCGGAUCAGGAGAAGUGCUGGGGAUUCGACCAGUUUUUUGCAGAAACCAACGACAUUCUGCACAGGAUCGUGGUCGACGUCUUCUCCUUGCAGCAAGCUUCCUCGCAUCGCAUCUACAUCCACUCCUACAACACUACCACCAAGUUUUUAGAUGCUGUCUUCAAACAAACAAAUAUAGUCCCUCACCAUCAAGAAUAUUUUUUUGAAGGUCACCUGUAUGAUAUGGAUCCUAAUCUACAAGCUCAUAAUUUCUGCAAAACCACAGAGCACAACCCUCUGACCCUGCUGAGCUCCGCUGAGCAGCCAGAGGACGUGGUAGGGGUCAGAUACAGAGACCGUGAGUACCGCUGGCUUGGAGAUGCAUCACGGCAUAGCGCGGUGGGCGCCGGGCACCAGACCCUGCGGAUCGCCCAGGCCCUGCGGCGCUGCCAGGAGCUGCUGGCCAGAGGUCUGCACUGGGUGAUUGGGAACCUGAAGACAGAGUGCCUGCGGAUUCUGGAGCAGAGGAGAGGGGCUCUCUCGGUGCUCGCCUGCCUGCAGCUCCCGGAGGUGAAGACCUUGGCAGCCGCGGGGAUGUACGAGGCUGUUCCCGCAGGCAGCGGGGUGCCGGCUCUGAAGGAUGUGGCCAUGGUGAAGACAAGGCUGCAGAGGGUCUCCGAGGAGCUCACUCAGUGCUCCCACCACAUCUUUGACUUCCAAGGGGCGUUGGAUGGCAUUUUGGCUGAACUGGUGAAGCACGGGCAAGAAGUGCAUGAAGACAAAAGCAUCCGGCAGAUCGAGUGCUGCCUGGAGAAGAUGCAGCUGAUCUACAAGCAGUUCAAGAAGGCCAGGACGUGUCCGCGGCUGGGCUACAACGAGGAACAAAUCCACAAGCUGGAUAAGGUGAAUUUAGGGCACCUGGCCAGGAAGGUUCUGUUGAUUUUCCAGGAUGACUGUGUCCAGCGGUACCAGGAGGCCCUGGCCCUGCACGGCAGCAGGAUGAG